AUUGUAGAGGUCGUUUAUGUCAUCGGUCCUUGGUUAUUGUGAUCGCAGUUUCGAGUUUGGCGUUGGCAAUUUACCUUAAAAUACGAGCUGCUUUGUUCCAAUAUUUAGAAAAAAAUGAGUGCUGCGUUACUUUUCGCUUGUUCCCGUUGCUUUGCCAGACACCCGUUCGAGGACUUGUCGCCAGGCCAACAACUUUGCAAGGAGUGUCGCGGCGCUUUUCCAGUCGUUAAGUGCACCUAUUGUCGCUCGGAAUUCCAACAGACGUCUAAGGGCAAUACGAGCACAAUAUGCAAAAAGUGCGAACAGAACGUGAAAGCCUACGGGAAACCCACAGCUUGCGAAUACUGCAACAUCAUUGCAGCUUUUAUAGGUAACAAAUGCCAACGGUGCGCUAAUUCCGAAAUUAAAUACGGUCCCCCCGUCAACUGCGAACAGUGCAAGCAAAAAUGUGCUUUCGACAGGCUUGACGACGACAAGAAAGUCGAUGGGAAGCUGUUAUGUUGGCUAUGCACUCUUUCAUUUAAAAGGGCUCUGGCUAAAACAAAGCAAGGGGAUGCCGAACGGCGACAUCUCAAAAUGUCCCAACUACAUAAAAAGCACAAAGAUAAGCCAAAAAGUCACAGUAAACGUCCGAAUCGACCGGACGUGACGAAAAUCCCGCCGCCCGAAGACGGUCCUCCGAAUAAACUAGCCCGCAACAAUUCCGGUGGUCCGGGUAGAGGCGAUCUGGAUCCGAACAGUUCGGAUCACGUGGUCGCCAUGACGCAGCUCAAGGAGCAAAUAGCCAGCCUGCAAAAGCAGCUGUCGCAGAAAAACACGGAAUUGAUUAAUAAGGAUAAAAUGAUAACCGAAUUGAAGGCGAACAAUUUCACGACGGAAAACGAGCUUCGAAAUAAGCUGAAGGUCAUACAGAAAGAGUACGACACCAAAGUAGAGCAAUUGAAUAAGAAGAUAACGUCGCUGUUGAAGGAGAUCGCGAGCUUAUCGAAAUCGGCUAAGAAGGGUUUGAGGAAUUCGGCUAUCAAUUCGAACGCUUCGGCGGAGAACAACAGCAGCGGUACGGACAGUCCCAGUUUGCAGUGAAUUGACUGACUAGGCGACGGUCGCGUCGAUGUGAAGAUUGCUUGCUGUUCUGACGAUUACUUUUUCUUUUUGAUCGUUUUAUAAUGAUCAGGAGAAUGAAUAAAACGUUGCCAAGUCAGAGAAGAGAUGCUUGGAAGAAAAUUUCAGGUACAAACGAAUUUAUUUUUAUAAAAACUUUAUGAUUCUAAUAAACCAAUCAAAGUCUAAUAUUUUUUAAAACAUACCUUUCUUCCUGCUAGCAAAGACGU